UCCCGCCUUAUCUGGAACGAAGAGAGAACGAAGCAAAAGAAAACCCCUCCAAUGGCCUCCUUCGUUCAUCUCCCGCUCCACUCCACCAUCCGCUUCCUCUCCUUCUCUCCUUCCAGAGCCCAAGCUCUCAAUCCCCCUUCCCGCACUCCAUCGAUCAAGGCCUCCACCUCUGCCGAGCCGGAGAAAGAGAGUAAGCUCGUUCAAACCGCCGGAGACGCUUCACCUCCGUCAUCUCAGUCCUCUCCCCCGCCGCGGUCGCCGCCGAAGAAGACCGUCUACUCUAUGAAGAAAGGGCAAAUUGUUAGGGUGGACAAGGAGAAGUAUCUCAAUAGCAUCAAUUACUUGUCUGUUGGUCAUCCGCCUUAUUACAAAGGUUUAGAUUACAUCUAUGAAGACCGUGGUGAGAUAUUGGAUUUGAAGAUCUUCGAGACUGGUGAAUAUGCACUUGUCGCUUGGGUUGGGAUCCCAACUGCGCCUGCAUGGCUGCCGACGGACAUGCUUAUUAAGUCGGACAAGCUUGACUAUGAGAGACUCUAAUAUCGGCAAGCGGUUCAAAUUAUAUCCCACUGAUCAGCUUGCACAUUUCAAUGCUUGAAAUGAAAUACAUAGUGAAUAGUUCUCAUGGAUGAAAGCAAUCAAGAAUGCCUUCUCUUCUUGUCAAGAUGCCUAAGCCUUACCCUUUUGCUUGUUUAUGCUUCAUUUGUUUUAUAUUGGUGUAGAUAUAUGUGGGAAUGUUGCAAUAUAUAUGCAAAUUUUAAAUUAUCCCAAUUUUGGGAUUGAAGCAGCCA